ACAUAUAUGUAUGUAUGUACGUACUUAUGUUAUACUUUAUCACCCCGUACUAAUAAAGUGAGUCUCCAAAACUUAUUUUUAAAAAUUCGUCUGCGUGUAGUGUUUUCGUAAUGUUCAUACAUUUAUCAAUGUUUAGUUUCUAAUAAAUAAAGUGUUGUCUAUAAUAACUAGGGAGCCCACCAAAACUUAGUGGGAAAAAUAUGCCUGAAAUAAUCAGUUGUUUUAAAUAUCAGUUAAAUGGCACAAGAUAAAAUUAAAAAUACGUAUCUUCAUACGCAUCACAGCAGAAGUAUUUCCAGCAAAACUAAUGAUAUAUCCUCUACACAAAAAAAUGUUCACUUUGCCAAAGAAAACUUCUCAUCUGUCGUUAAUGUUUCAAAAAAUAAACAAGAACGCAAUAGGAAAAAAGCAAUUAUCAUUAAAAGUAAAAUGAAAAAUAUAAACAUGAAUACUAAUUUUAAUGACGGAAAUGAAUUAAGUAGCCCAAAUAAAAAUCUAUUACAUAUAAGGAGAAACAUUGAUAACAAUAAUAUUAAAACUUUUCAAAAUCAAAAUAUUCAUUCAUAUAAAUAUCCACAAAAAUCAUGUGGUAGCAGUGCGAAUAUAAAUACGUCUACAGAAUCAUUGCGAUCUAUAGAAUCAAUCGGAAACUGCUUUACGAGUGUAUCUGCACCUUCGCUAACUAAGAAUUUAGUUGACGAAAAAAAUAAUUUUCUUGCUCCCACUCAUAUACAAAUAACAAAUAACCGUGGCCUGCAUCAAACAUUUUUAUCAAAUCAACCAAUUUUGAAUUUCAAUUCUAAACUAUGUUCCCAACAAGAAAAUUCUGAAAAUUGGAGCCCUCGCAAUGCUCAAUUCAGUCAAUAUGCAAAAAAUAUUAAUGAAGUGCACUCCAAUGAAGCUAAAAACUCAAUUCCAACGAAAAGUGUUUCCUUAGCGAAUACUAACAAAUCAAGUUCUAAUUUUAAGCAGCAAAAUAUUUUGAAAAAUAAUUUUUCUACAUAUGCGAAAGGAAUAAACAACAAUUGUUAUGUUAACCAGGAUGUAAAUGGUCCCUCUUCAAAUUCAUCAGUAAAUCAACACUGCAAUCGAGUCAAGACCCAUCAAAAUUAUAAUAAUUUGACGUAUGUUGUUACUGAAAAAGAAAAUGUGAGGAGUUCAUGUAAUGAAAAACAAAAAUCAGAAAUGUCAAAUUUAAAAACAGAAAAUAACUGUUCUGAAAACUUUAAUGCUUCUUGUAUUUCAUUGUCAAAAAGUAAACCAAGUGAUAUAGAAGCUAAUUCAUUAAAAACCUUUGAUUUAUUCGAUACUGAACAAUCAAACAAUGUCUUUCUUCCAACUAAAAAUAAUACCAUUUACGCUAAAAAUACGUUGGAGCCACCAAUAUAUACUAAUCAAGAAUAUCGCACCGUAGCUCAAAUUUUUCCAAACUAUGCUUCAACAGCUCCACCCGAGUACGAAAACUUACACAAAAUCCAUAAUUACAAUUUUUUACAGCAAAACUUGACAUAUUUUGACACAAAACCGAACUUCAAUGUGAUAAAUGUACAUAGUCCGCAUAGAACUUUUCAUCAGCCGGAGUCAUCAACAAUUUACAUGAAUAAUCAAUCAACAUUAUCUCGAUCGCCAAAAAGAAUAGAAAAAAGAAAUACUCAUGGGAAAAAAACUUGGUUUCCAACUUUAAAAUCAUUCCACACAACUGGAAAUACACCGCCCGAUAGAUUUUUAGCGAAGUCUUACUUAAUGGAAGUUAAACUUACUCCGAAACAAAUGUUGAACAAUUCAGAAUGGGAUAAACUGUCUUCUGAAAUUUGGCAGAAAUUUUCAUUACACCAGCAAAAAGAACUAACAUAUCGGAAAAAAAUAUACCUCUGGAAAUAUCUUUACUUAUCAAUAAAGAGAAAUUUCCCUCGCUAUGGUCUUUAUUUAGUUGGAUCAACAAUAACUGGAUUUGGAACUAAUAGUUCAGAUGUUGAUAUGUGUCUUGUACACAGAGCGUCAUUUGCCUUAGAUUCGAGAUUUGAAGCAAUUUCACAUUUAAAUAAUAUUCAAGAAUAUUUAAAAACUUUGGAAAUUUUUGAACAAUUUCAUUUGAUUGAAGCCAAAGUUCCAAUUUUAAGAUUUUCUGAUUUAAACAACUCGAUUGAGGUUGAUUUAAAUUUUAAUAACAGUGUUGGGAUCCGAAAUACCCAUUUGUUAUAUUGUUAUUCACAACUCGACUGGAGAUUACGACCUCUUGCUUUAACUGUAAAACUUUGGGCCCGGUAUCACAAUAUAAAUAAUGCAAAAACUAUGACUAUAUCAAGUUAUUCCCUGGUCCUGAUGGUAAUACAUUUUUUGCAAUUUGGUGUCAAUCCACCAGUUCUUCCAUGUUUACAUGAAAUGUAUCCAGAAAAAUUUAAUAUUAUACUUACUUCAAAUGAGUUUGGAUUUGUUGAUAUGAUUGAAGAAAUUAAGCCAUAUAAGUCGGAAAACAACAAAACUUUGGGAGAAUUAUUUUUACUAUUUCUUGAAUAUUAUAGCUAUUUUAAUUAUUCUAAAUAUGCGAUAUCCAUUCGCACUGGAAAAUUAUUACUAAUAGAUGAAUGCCGCAAAGUUCAAAGCGUAAAAAAUGAUAUUCACCAAUGGAGAGAAUUAUGCAUAGAAGAGCCAUUUGAUUUAACUAAUACAGCCAGGUCUGUUUAUGAUAGUGAAACUUUCGAUAAAAUUAAAAAUAUAUUUUUAACAUCAUGGCAAAUUUUAAAAAAUACAAUGGAACUGAACAAUAUUUUUGCACCGUUAUAUAUUUUCCAAGAGACAAAAGUUCCAAAAAAUUAAAUUAAUUUCAUAAAUUUCUAUAACAGUUAAAAAAUUAAAAAAAAAAAAAUUUGCAUAGGUAUAAAAAAUCAAAAAGCAAAAAAAAAUACAAAAAUAUAAAAAAUAAAAAAAAGCUCAAAUUAUAUUAGUCAUAUUUCAUGAAAUAUUUGAAAAUAUGUUCUUGUAGAAAUGGAGAAAAUUUAAAUCUAUGUAUUGUCAAUAUCAAAUAAGUUGUCAGAAUUAGUAUUGUAUCUAUUAUUGAAUUCCGAAAAUUUAAAGUGUUAGGAGUGAAUAUGUGGCUAACAGAAGCUGAUCAUAUUUUGAAUGCAUACCUAUACAAAUUUUUUAAUUUAAUUUACAAUCGUUUAAAAACUUUAAUGCGUAGACAACAGUGCAAACCUUUAAUUUUGUUUCAAGUAAUCCAAAAAGGAUGUCUACUACAUACAUAAUUGUAAUGCUAUUGCAUGAAAAUUUGUAAAUUUUAAAAUAGGUCCGGUUUAUAUGUACUUACAUACACUUCAUAAUAUGAAAAAUGCUUAAACCACAUAUUACAAUAGAUACAUACAUAUAUGUACAUAUUUAUAUAUUAAACAUAGUUAAGUGUAUUAAAUUUGAUUAAUUACUUAAAUAUUCAUUAUAUUAUAACUAUAAAGUUCUAUGUGUAUUAUAUAUCUUUAUAUAUUCUGUCUAAGUUAAAUAUUUUGCAAGUUGUACAUUAAGUUUGGAAAAUUCAUUUAUUUAUCUCUUGCUAAUAUUAUGUGGUGAAAUUUUACUUAAAUCGUAAAUUAUACAUACAUACAUACAUUCCUUGCCGUAUUCCAGUAAGCAAGCAUCCCGCAUGAUAUUGUAUUAAUUGUUAUAAUCAAAGUUGAUUUUCAAAUAAUUUAAUAUAAAAUAAAUUCAGAGAGCGAAAAAUCAAAAAUUUGGUCAUGUUUUCUCUUUCAUUAAAUCAAUAUGUAAAAAAUAUUGCGUUAUUGUAGAUGGGUUUAAAGUCCUUUUUAGUAAAUAUUUAACAUUUGAAUUUUAAAUGAUUGAAUCACAGUACCUGCAAUUUUUUUGUGCUAUGCAUACAUAUGUAAUAUAAAAUCAUAAUGAUAGUGUAAUAUAAAAUUUUUGUAUAUCUCUUAAUUUUGUCAACCUAAAAAUUAUACUUUAUGGUAUUAUCUGCAAUCAUAAAUUAAGCUCCAAUUUUUGAUUUUCACUUACCGUAAUUAAGUACACAUCCUUAUUAUAUAUAUAUGUAUGUAUGAAUGUAUAUGCAAAUGAGUGUUCCCACUUGCAUUAUGUGCAAACAAAAU